AUGCACCCUUUGUUUGCCACUGAAAGCGAUCGAUCCUAUUGCGCCCAUUGUGUUUACACCGAGUCGAGAGAAGAGCUGGUUGACAUCUAUCUACAGGACCUUCUAGUUAGCAAAAAUCCACCGUUUGAGUUGGCUCCACAGUUUGACGAAAGCAUGACAAAACCAAAAUGUACAUAUGAGAUUCGACGAGGAAGCAUUGACGGGCCACCAAUACGUUAUGCAAUGCUUGGUGAAGUCGUAUAUCAUAGAUGGGAAUGCUCAGAAGAGUCUAUCUUUUCUGUUCAACUUUCAACACGACAGCAGUCUCUGGCUUCAUUCCUGUAUUUGAACCCUAGUUUGAACUGUAGGAGCUAUAAUGAGAAAGUACAGGCUAAUACUAUUAUUGUGGACAAGGCUGUAUGGCAGAAAGAGAUACAUGAUUAUGGUCUGCUGGUACAAAACUGCUAUGUCGAAAACGGAGAAAGCGAAAGAAUUUUAGUGAUUGAUGAAAACGGAUGUGGUGUAGAUCAGUACAUCAUCCCAACUCCACAGUAUUCAAGCGACUUAACGAAGGCUUGGAGGCCUCCAAGAAACUGCCCAAUAAAUGACGAACAAGAAUUACUUACUAAAAAGUACGGUGGCGUCUCGUCCGUGAAGAAUUAUAAUGCCAUUUCGGACGGGCCAGGAAAAUUCCAUCUCGACGGCACGGUGUCAGACAAAAUAUCAGAGGAAAACCAGCGCCAUCGCAGGAACCAGAACGAAAGUUUGCGGCUGAAACCUAAUGCUGAGACUUAUCCAGAAAUGGACGUAGUUGGAGUGUUGACAGUUUUAGAUUCGCCUGAUGAUGUCGAAUAUUAUGGUUUGCCACCUUAA